CAUAUGUAUGGUUAUUUUCAGAUGAAUUCCAACUGUCCAGAAUAGAUUAUUACUACUGUACAAGAGAUUAACUCUGCAAAGAUGGAGAUUGCUAAUUUUAGUCGUGAUCUCCCGUCCUGUACAAGUAUGGGAGUUAACUGUACUGGACAGCUUGCUCUUAUCUCAGGUCGGAGAUGUCAAGGAUUGCUCAACCUGGAUAAUCCAUCUGUUCUCCUGAACCGUGAAACCAGGACGAGUAAAUGGGACGUGAUCUCCUGUCAAUGGAGUCCUCUGGAAGAGAAUAAAAUUGCAGUAGCCAGUAACAACAAGAUUGAAAUAUUAAAUCUUUAUGAUACAGAUUUGUUACCAGAGUUCUCACUCCGUGCACACACUAGAGUUAUCACUGAUAUCGCCUGGCACACCCAUAACAAGGAUAUACUAGCCACUAGUGCUACAGAUGCUUUUAUCUAUUUAUGGGAUCUCAGAGACGGUCGGCGGCCAAAAAUGGCACUUCAAGCUGUUGCCGGGGCCGUGAAGGUUAAAUGGAAUAAAGUUAGUGGCAAGUAUUUGGCUUCAGCACAUGAAGGAGAGAUAAAACUCUGGGAUAUAAGAGCAAGUAAGUCUCCGGUUCAGUAUAUAAAUGCUCAUCUCUCCAGGAUAUAUGAUAUGGACUGGAGCCACGAGGAUGAGAACCAUCUUGUCUCUGCUAGUCAGGAUAUGACUGUCAAGUACUGGAAUAUAUCCAACCCGGGUAAAGCGGAAGGGAUAAUCAAGGUUCAAUCUGCUCCGGUCUGGAGAGUAAACCGUACUCCGUUCGGUCAUGGUCUUCUCACCCUUGGAAUGCAGUCGGUUGUGCGCGGAGAGAAUAAUCUGAUGCUCUGGAACAACAACAAUCUUGUAUCUCCGGUCCAUACCUUUUAUGUACCAGACAUGAUUCUAGAUCUGGCCUGGAGACAGUGGUCAGAGUCAAACCGCUGUCAACUUGUAACCUGGUCUAAAGAUCUUACUCUCCGAAUCUGGAACCUUGAUCUAGAGUUGCAGGAGAAGUGUGGACUGGUUUUAGAGGAGGAGGUAGAGAUUGAUCGUAGUGAGGAUUUUGAGCAGAUCUGUCCAGGAGACGACAGAUUAUCUUUAGACGACGAAGGGUCUUCUGAGAACUAUGUCGAAUUUGAAGAAGAAGAAACUGUCGUUGUUGCGUCCCCGAUAAAUUCAUUUCGUCGCCCAAUUGGGUUCAAUCGGAAAAAUUUCUCUGCGAGCCUUCAAAACAGUUUGCCGGGGAAUUUUGAACGUGAUAAACCUAUGAAUUUAAACUACGAAUUUUCUCUGAUAAACCUGAGCGAGAAGUUGAGAGUUGAACAUGAAAACUCUGAAGAAAGAGUGUUUACAGUGUCUGCACAAACAAGGAAGAAUCAACUUGUCCUAAACGUGAAGUUUCCAAUAAACUAUCCGAACCAGGUUGCACCAUCGUUUAGUUUCCUCGAGGGAACUACCAUAGAUAACGUGAGCAGAAACAAUAUUCUUCAAAGAUUAAAGAGUGCUGCUAAGCAGCAAACCUCUAGGAACCGUCGUUGCUUAGAAUCCUGUCUCCGACAGUUUGAGCUGAGUGUGGAUAAUCUGAACCUAGUUGAAGAGGAGCAGUUGCAGGUUAACAACCCCCAGCUCACUGGUAUCACUAAGUCCAAAUCAAUGUUUGGAGAAUUUCCUGAUCAUAAUGUCCCGUUUCCGCGUAGUUCCGGAGCUAGAUUCUGCGGAGACGGACAUCUUGUCUGUUUUGGGUUUACCCGGCAGUAUAUGGUUAAGAUACAAUCUCCGGAGUUAGAUCCUGCUGAGGUUGAGCUUGGUUCAAGUGCAGAUAUUGCUAAAACCCCCCGAGCUUUAUCAGCAUACUCCUCCAAGAUGUCUUUACUCUCGAACGGAUCCACCUCGCCUAAAUUUGGUGGAAUGAACGUGUUGUCUCUUUUUGAUCAGAACGGUUCCCAGGACUUUCCGUUGCAAGCUCGGGUCUCCAGAGUUCGGUUCUCCUCUCAGAAGAGCCGAACUUUAUCUUCGUCUUCUGAUGACAAUCUCUGGAACACGGUGGAUAAAAGAAAUAAACUUUCCGUGUUAAGCCGGAGUAAGAAGCUAGCUGAGGCGAAAGUUACUGUUUACAACUGCUCCGCUUUGCUCCCAUACUGCAAGAAGUUGGCUAGUAAAUAUCUAGUUCCAUGUUCUCCGGGUGCGCUUAACCUCUCUACUUUUCAGAUUUGCGAACAUAAUGCCCAGGUUGCAAUUGAGCACGAUAGACCAGACCUACAGAAGAUUUGGUCUCUAGCUGCUGUUGUUGCAUCCUCAAACUCUUCUUCUCAUGAUCAACUUCGCCCCUGGGCAGCACAUCCGUGUGGGCGUUCCCUUCUAACAAGUAUCAUCUCCCAUCAUGUUUCUAUUAAAGAUGUGCAGACUGCUGCAGUUCUCAGUUGUAUAUUUGGGAAUAAAGUUGAAUAUACUCCUAGGGUCAGAAAGAAAAACAGUAAAUCUGAAAGUAUCCAAGUUGACAAGGAUUCAGCUUGUGAUGCGCUAUCCUACACCUCUCCUGGAAGAGCCAAUAGAUCCAACUCAGACACUCAGAACGACGAAACCUAUCACGGAUCUAUGGAAAGAAGAUUAUCUAUGUAUAGCGAUGAUGGAGAAGAAUAUUCCCAGUUCUGGGAGGAUUCUCGGCUCCUGGAUCCGAAAUUAAACUCAACCUACGAUGGACUAAUAGAAUCCUACGCGGACCUCCUUUACCGGUGGAAGAUGUUCCAGCAAAGAGCUGAGUUGAUGAAACAAAUCUCUGAGUUGAAGCAUGUUAGCUCCUAUACCUCUAGCAUAACUCUGAUAUGUCCAACCUGUGGUAAGAUACUACGAGGUCCCUGGUGUAUCUCCUGCCGAACCCUCUCCUUCAAUUGCUCAGUGUGUAGAUCUCCAUGUCGAGGUCUAGUUUCUCUCUGCCAGCAGUGUGGACACGGUGGACACGCUCUACAUCUCAGUCAAUGGUUUGCACAGAAUAUCAGCUGUCCCUCGGGCUGUGGAUGUAAAUGCCCUAAAAAAUAAGUUAAAAUAACGGCACAUUUUUAUCAGUUUGGGUUUUGUUGGUACAAUGAAAUUUGGAUAUUUAAUGUAAACAAUCAAAUAAGUCGUCCAUGAUCUAAAUUUAAUGAAUUUGUAUAACUGUCUGCCGCCUGCCGUUUAAAUUAGAAUCACCGAUUCAAAUCUUUUCUUAAUCUUUAACUUUGAAUUGGUGGUUCAAAUUUGAACUGUCAGUUAGUAGUUCAGCGAUGUAGCUCAAAUAUUUACGUCUUACACAUUGCUUUAUACGUUGCACUGUAUUUAGUCUUUUUGUUAAAGUGAGUUCAAGAUGCAUUUUAAUAACCAAGCAUUUCUUAAAAAAGAAAAACUAUUUUAUAUUUUGAUAAUACAAACAUUUAUUUUCGGUUUACCACUUACACAUUUAAUUUUAUAUUUGAUACUUGAUGUGAUACCUUAAAUAUCUUGUUUAAUUUUACAUUAUACAUUAUUAUACAACUACAUACAUGCUAUAUUUUACUCAAUGGGUGAAUUUUUCAGAAA